AUGGCUAACUACCACGGCGGUGGGCGGUACGGGAUGGCGGCGGCGGCGAUGUGGAGGGAGCCGGAGAGCCCGCAGCUGAGCCUGAUGAGCGGGUGCAGCUCACUCUUCUCCAUCUCCGCCCUGCGGGACGACGACGAGCUCCUAGCCGGGGCACGGUCACUGCCAGCGACGCCGGUGUCGCUUGCGGGGUUCGCCGGCGGCGACGAGGUGGAGAUGGAGCUGCAGCAGGGCGGUGGCAGCGGCGGCGAUGACCGGAGGACUGUCCGGAUGAUGCGGAAUAGGGAGUCCGCGCUGCGCUCCAGGGCCAGGAAGAGGGCAUACGUAGAAGAACUCGAGAAGGAGGUUCGUCGUCUUGUGGACGACAACCUCAAGCUAAAGAAGCAAUGCAAACAGUUGAAGCAGGAAGUGGCCGCUCUAGUCCUGCCUACCAAGAGCUUGUUGCGACGAACCUCAUCCACUCAAUUCUGA